AUGCGGCUCUCCGGCGUGGCGGCCUUCGUGCUCCUUAUGCUGCUGCUGCUGCUGUAUGCGGUGCACAGGUGGAGGAACCCACGAUGCAGCGGCUGCCUCCCGCCGGGCUCCAUGGGCCCGCCGCUCGUCGGGGAGACGCUGCAGUUCUUCUCCCCUGAAGCUUCCUUGGACGUCCCGCGUUUCGUCCGGCACAGGCUGGAAAGGUACGCCUCGGUACGGCCCGAUCUUCAAGACGAGCCUGGUGGGCCACCCGGUCGUGGUCUCCGCGGACGAGGAGCUCAACUACUGGUGUUCCAGCAGGAGGGGCAGCUGUUCCAGAGCUGGUACCCGGACUCCUUCGUGGAGAUCAUCGGCAGGGACAACGUCGGGGAGCAGCAGGGCGCCAUGUUCAAGUACCUCAAGAACAUGGUGCUACGCUACUUCGGCCCGGAGAGCCUCAGGGAGUCCACCAUGCUCCGCGACGUCGAGCACGCCGUCAGCAGCUCCCUCUGCACCUGGUCGACCCUGCCGGCCGUCGAACUGAAAGAGGCCGUCUCCACGAUGGUGUUUGAUCUUUCAGCGAACAACCUGCUCGGCUUGGAGCCGUCGAGGUCCAAGAUUCUGAGGAAGAGCUUCUUCGACUUCGUUAGAGGGCUCAUCUCGUUCCCUCUGUAUUUGCCAGGAACAGCAUACUACUCAUGCAUGAAGGGCCGGCAGAGCGCAAUGGAGGUGCUGCAGGAAGUGCUAGAGGAGAGGAAGAGAUCGGUACAGGUGCUCGGAGCAGGAGAAGGCGCCAUGGAAACGACACGUCGCCAUGGCGGCGACUUCUUGGACCUCGUCAUCCAGGAGUUGACGAAGGAGAAGCCGCUCGUGACGGACAGAAUGGCACUCGACCUGAUGUUCGUGCUCCUGUUCGCCAGCUUCCACACGACGUCGCUGGCGCUCACUCUGGCCGUGAAGCUGGUCGCAGACCACCCUCGCGUCCUGGAAGAGCUCACGGUGGAGCAUGAAACGAUUCUGAUUGGCCGUAAGGUGCGCCAUGGAUCUGAUGGGAUCGCAUGGAUAGAGUACAAGUCUAUGACGUUCACGUCCCAGGUUGUCGAUCGGCUAGGACAAAAAUUGGUCGAUAAUUACUGA